AUGGCGAAUUCCGUUCAUUUACGCAAACGACAGUUCCAGCCUUCGAACCAAACAACACUCGAUUCUUUCUUCAACCGAAAUGGCGACCCACGCAGUCCAAACUCGCCGAUGUCUCCAGCCCUUCCGGAGGAGACCCAGGCAUCUCUUCUCAGUGUCGGCAUGAGGGUGAGAAAGGCCGUACCCGAGGGUUAUCGUACCCACAAGACGGUAGGCCACGCCGGCUUUCCAUUCCCUAGCUCCGCGCCGAUUGCACAGCGACCUUCCUACAACGCGCCCAUUCGGCCAACUCUCAGUCAGACCAACACGAGAGAGCUCGCGCCUUUCUGUGUACUACACAAGGUCGGAGGCUGGGCGGCGCAAGAAGUCACAUCCUCGGCUCCGGCAGAAUGGGAUGACGAUGGGGAGGAGGAGGACAUGCCCGGUCUGUCAUUCUCGCAAUACACACCCUCUUCUUCGAACAACAGCUUCGUGGGUGUAUCACAACAGUCCAUUGGUAGCGCAAAGAAAAGAUCAUACGAGGAUGACGUAGAAGACGACAUGGACGCCUUCUUUGACCAGGUGGCUGCUGGAGAUGCUGCUGCUCACCGUGACAUAGCAAGGCCAAUUGCCAGAUUGAAGGGCUCUAGUCCGACCAAGACUGCUCAGAACAGUGUUGUUCGCAUCCUGGAUGUGGAUGACUUUGAGGAAGCCGCUUUCUUGGCGCCGAUUGAGGGCAUGGAAGUCGACUAA